CCCGAAGCCGGCCUUCUCUUCUCCACCGCCUCUCUCUCUGCGUCUUUUGCUUUCAGCAUCUCUACUACUUCUCUCUCACUCUUUUUCCCCCCAUGGACACUUUUGCCCCUGCUCUAAACCCCUAAUUCCCUUCUUGCCUCCUUCCAUCCUUGCAUGUAAAAACUAGUUGGGUUUUCUAGGGUUUUUGGCACUAUGCUCAAUCUUCUCUGAAGCUUUGGAUUACAGCUGAGGUGGGCAAAAUGAUUCUCACAAAGCAGUAUCGAUGUAUACAUUCUGCAAGCUGUCGAUGCACAAAAGGGCAUAUAAGUGAAGAUGCGAUAUUCUUAGUAUUUCAAAAUUUGAAUUGGAAUCCCAAGUUAAUUGCAACACUUUCCUGUGUCUGCAAAUGGUUUGAUGAUCUCGCCAAACGUGUACUGUGGAAGGAGUUUUGUAAAACAAGAGCACCAAAGAUGAUGAUUGAUUUGCAAUCUAGUGGGAGUCACAGUGUAGAUGGAAACUGGAGGGCACUUGGGAAGCUGCUUAUUUAUUGUUCAGGAAGUAAGAAGGGUGGGCUCUUUAACACUGUUCAAAUCCCUGGUCACUUUGUCUAUAGGACCCGGUUUUCUAGGACAUCGGGGAAGAGCUUUCUUCUGCCACAAUGUAGAACAGAUGUAUUGUAUGUCUCUGACCCGUGUGAACAUCUUGACCAAGGAGAAGAGGGAGAUGUGGGGUUCUUCCGGGGAAUUUUCAAGUCAUUUUCAAUGUCCAAGGUCCGGAAGAUGUUGAUCAAGAGGGGGGCCGAACUUCAUCCAACAGAGGUGUGCCCUUAUUGUAAGGCCAAGUUGUGGAGCAUGUUGCAAGCCAAAAUGAUACCUCAAAGUGCCAGCUGCAGAUUGGGUGCUUAUGAGGAUUGCAUCGAGUAUUUUGUUUGCCUCAAUGGACAUAUGCUUGGGAUCUGUACUCUGUUACCAUUAUCUGAUUCAGAAGAGGUAUCGGAGUUGGAGUGAUGGUUGAAACAAAAAAAGAGGUUUCUUGCCAUUUUGCAAGCAUAAAGUUGCCUAGGCUGGACAUAUUAUGGGGCUUGAGCUGAAAUGAACCAUUAACAAUCCCUGUCCAAGCAUUCUGCCCUGCUCUGAUGUUGUUUUACAAUGGAAGUGUUAGAAGCUCUUGCUAACCAUUUAUUUCCAAUUGCCCUUUCCAUAAGAUGUUAAUGUGAACUUUGUAAUACGAUGUACAUUUAUGUAUGCUCUAAUAUGUAUGUGGAUCGAAAAUUGGUUUCUGCAAUAAUUUUACACUUAGAUG